AUGACAUUGCCUAAAGACACUCCCCUAGUCGACAAGGCCGCCAUGCCUACGACCCCCGAUGAAGUACUCCCAACGGAAGAAAAGGAAGAAUGCGCUACCAUCUCUCCUCAAGACAAGCAUACCCUCUGUAUUUCUGAUGUCGUCAAAAGCACCAAGCGUCUGAACAUCCAUGACGAGAAAGAUGCGGCCACACCUGCCAACAUCGACAUUCCCGAAUGCCGACAUGACGACAAAGCUUUGAUGUCAGACAGCAAACCGGUUGGUAUACAGCAAAGUGAGACUGCUAGCUCUUUUUACAUUGCACCUGCAGAAGAAGUUCUUCCACAACCACACCUGUCUACCACCUCAUCCACCAAGUCAUCGACCAAGAUAGAGGUAGCCAACGAGUCAAACACCACGGCUCUAACAAGCACUGAACCCGUUCCCACAAUCUAUCCUCCGCGCCGACCCAACAUUUUCAACAAACGCGCUCCUCGGCGCAACGUUCGUUGGCGCCCAGAGGUGCUUGCGUCUUUGGCACCCCACGCAACUGAGGACGUUGCGAAGGACGGGGACGGGCUUACGCUAGAAGAACUUCAAGAGUUCCAGUCGGAGAACAGGGAGGUAAUGGAGAAAAAGACGGCGAAAUUUCUUGGCAUGGUGAGCCAGUAUUCCUGGCGGCCCCGUGUCGUGGAGGAUUUGGGCGAGGCUUUUGCGCUUGACGAUUAG